CGCGACGUUAAUUGCGAGAGAGCGCGUAACACAAUGGUGUUCAUCAACGGCUUCAGCUUCACAGAAGCCACGCUCGUCAAGCGCUCUCUCGAGUCCUUCUUCGGCAUCGGCCCCAAGGUCUCGCAAUCCAUCAUGUCGAAAUUCUACAUCCACCCCUGGGCCAAAGUCGGCAGCCUGAAGAACGCAACCGUCAUGGACCUGACGGCCGAGCUGGCGAAUAUGAAGAUUGAAAACGACCUGCGGCGACAGGUGCAGGAUGAUAUACGCAGGUUGAGGGACAUGGGCACGUAUCGCGGACGUAGGCAUGCUAUGGGUUUGCCGGUCAGGGGACAGAGGACGAGGACACAGAUUGCGACUGCGAGACGGUUGAACAAGAUAGAACGAGGGGGUUCGGGGCGGGUGUCGAUGUAGGGGGGUGGGUGGAAUGGACGUGUAUCAUAUUGUAUAGCGGGGGUUUAGCAUGGGACGGCGUCUACGACACAAUAGAGGAAUCUCAAGCAUUGCAGUGUCAAGUAUCACUUUCACUAUGCGAUUUAUCGCUCAAAUACUUUGACUUGGUGGGCUGCUGGGCUUUAAUUUUCUCGGCGACUUUAUAGAUCUGGGUUUGGGUGGUGGCAUAGUACGAAUGUAUGCUACUCUUAAUGUCGAGUUGGGACACAGCUAAGUUAGACCUACAAGCUACCGAAUCCCCCCUCGGUUAUGGAUCACGAUCUCAUAUCCACUGAGCUGAUGGAGCGCGGGGUUCAUCACAUCACAAAUAUCGUUAGAGUCUACUAAUCCAGCACUCACUCCAAAC